UCUACAGACAUCUCAACUUCCUACAUCGCAUCAAGUCACUUGUGCAUACCUCACACUCACACGUAUGUUCGGCCGCACGUCGCCGGCGCUCGACGUCGACGACCCCCACCUCGAGGUGACGGUCACGCCGGCCCAGAGCGCAUUCUACGCCGGGGAGCUCUUCUCCGCCGUCAUCACACUCCGCAACACGCGCACGCCAGUACGCGCGUCGCACUCGCAGCCGUCCAGUCCAAAUCCACAACACUUUCUGCUGGGGCGUGAAGGGGCGCCGUCCAGUCCGGCGCAGAGUCCUGCCACGCCUACAAAGUAUGACGACUGGCGCGGACAUGUGCGUAGGCCUUCUGGUGGACGGCGGAGUCAGUCACUCGCGCUUGGGAAGGGAAUAAGUCCCCAGGAGAUUGUGUGGGCGCUAGGCGAGGAGCGCUCUGAGACGCCCCAGAUCGGACCACCUCCGCUGCCGGCGCGGCGCGCUCCUCACAUCCCCUCCGCACAUCCGCACGCCCGCAAGAUCUCCAUCGCGAGCACAGCGGCGUUCACCCCUCCCCCCGUCCCACCAAUCUCCCUCCCCGAAGAAUCACCCAUAACCGAUGACGGGCAGUUCGACUCGCGCCCCUCGAGCCGAGCGACGCCCCGCGCGUCGCCUUCUCUCGCCGACGUGACCGAGGAGCAGAUGCCGUUCGACUCGCGCCGAUCCUCUGGUUCCCUGCGGACACCAUCCCCCAUCUCCCCACCCAUUUCCUCCCCUCUAUCCGCGUCACCCGACUCACCGCGGCGGUCCCCCGUGCGCCCCGGGCAUCGCCGAGCACCUUCUUACCAGAACAGCUACGGCGCCUCCCUCCUCACCCCUCCGCCAUCACACCCGCUCCGUCGCCCCGCGAUCCAGACCGGCGUUACGACCGUGCUAUGGGGACAUACGCGGCUUGUGGCCAAGUUUGCCCCAAGUCACGCGUACAUACCGCCAGAUCCCUUGUUGCCUCUCCGUGCGAAAUUGCUGCACCAGCCGAUCGGGAGCGGAAGUCUGGGCACACAGGGGCCGGACAAGCCGAGCCGCUGGGCCAUUUCUUUUGGUACCGGCACAUUAGGCGAGUCCACGCAGCCCAGCCUCACGGGCAGCUUGUUUGGCCUUGCCAAGGGCCUCGUGUAUGGUGGCACAGGGGGCAGUCUGGAGGAGGAGCGUAAACGCGUGUGGACGACGCAGGACUUGCCCGUGCUUGAGACGACUCGCAGCCUCAUGGGCGUGGACAUCAAGCUACAGGAGGGCGAGACACGAGAGUUCGUGUACACGCUGCAGUUGCCUGCGACCUUGCCACCGGCGUUCAAGGGCCGCGCGCUGCGAUUCUCAUACGAGCUCGUAUUGAGUCUGAGCGUCGCUCUGCCCGGCGGUGGGAAGCGGCAACGCGCCAAGGAGAUUGUCCUCCCCGUCCGCGUGUGGCCCAAUGUCUCAUUGCAUCACAUGCUGCGUACCUACGACGUGCUGCAGCCCGUGAUCCAGACGGCUGAGACAGGGUCGGUGGAGGAGCGAAGUGCGACGGGGACGUCACCCAGGCGACCACAACACAUGAUCGAGCCGCCGCAGAGCAUCGACAGUCUUGCGGCGUAUGCGCGCAAGCUGGUCGACAGCGUGGACUCGCACCGCGCCCCGCCAUCGCCGUCCAAGAGCUUGCGCCCAUUGAGUCCGGCCAAGCCACCCCGCCGUAGCAGCUUUUUGCUCGAGCCCCGUCCCAGGUCAAUGAGUGCAACCACGGCGCCAGGAGACGAUGAGCUAGUUGAAGAGGAGCAGCGAUGCGGCGAGGCGGUCGAGAUCCUCUCCCGCCACAGCCCCAAGGCGUCCUACGACAUCCGACAGGAUGGGGAGGUCGUGGCCGUCCUGACGCUGGUGAAGACGACGUACCGCCUCGGCGAGACGGUCACAGGCGUGGUGACGUUCAACACGCGUCCCGACAGGCGCGUCCUCAAGCUCUCGGCGUACCUCGAAACGCACGAGGUGAUUCCCGAGCCCCUCCUCCCGCCGGGCGGGAAACGCCACCCCGAGCUGCGGCGGCUGCAUGCCGAGCAACGCUCAUCCUACGCGCAGUUCACGGCACGCACAGCGUUCAGCCUGGACAUACCUAGCGACGCGACGCCGGCGUUCUCCCUCGCUGCGGGCGAGGGCGCGCGCGGCGGCCUGCAAUGGCGCGUGCGAUUGGCGUUCCUCGUCGCCUCGCCGCCGCGGCGGAGGAGCGGGGAGCGCCAGAGCGAGGAGAAAGCCAAGGCAGCUGAAUGCCUCCAUCUCGUGCCGGUCGAGGCUGACGCCGACAACGCGCCGCACAACGCCUCGCCGGGGCUGGUGCCCUUCAUAUCAACGCGCGAGGGGUGGGCCGAGGCCCGCGCCGAGACGGUCGAGUGCGAGGUACCUGUGCAAGUGUUGGCGGGGAACACGGCGUUCGUGGUCCGCCCGAGCGUGUUUACGGUGUGACGGUAUGGCAGAUGAACAGACUGUAAGCGAAGGAAGGAUACUUUGAGUAGAAGACGUAGAGCUGUACACUAUGUAUUAACGGACACGGACACGGACACGGACACGGACACGGACACGGCAACACAGUGUAUGCAUGUGAGAGCAUACAGACAGGGGAUAUCUGGGGUCAGCGACUGCCCAACGGUUGGUGGGAGGGAUAUCAGAGAACCUGGAAACAGCA